UUAAGUUGAUUUCGCUCUUCUGACCCCCUAAGCAAAAGCCCAGCCCUCCUCGCGUCGCUCUCCUCCCUAUCUCUCUCGCUCGCUGCAGCCUGCAAAGGUAAUUUUCCAUCAGAGCUUGAAAACCCUAGAACUCCCAAACCCAGUACCAGUGGCUCUCAAUCUCCUCCUUGUUAUUCUUCUACUUAUCUUCUCUUCUCCAAUUGGUCCUUACGCCUUCGCCCUUUCUCAUCCCUCUGAUUCUGACCUGUUUCGAUCCUCACAGCUCUCUUUCUCAUUUUCUCUUACACCCGUUUUUUUUUUUUUUGAGCUUUUUUGAUUCCUCUAUUUCUUCACCGACCGAUGGCCGAAGGAAAGCUCGAUCUGCCUGACGAUCUCCUUUCCUCUAAACGGUCCGAUCACUCCUGGACCGUCCCUAAAGUGGAAGCUUUGGGAAGUGAUGAGGAAAAAGUUCCUGUGGGAUUACAUGAUGAGACCAAAGAUCAAGUGGCUUCAGAAAGCAGCAUACCUUUGUCUCCUCAGUGGCUUUAUAGCAAACCAAGUGACACCAAGGACAUGCGUUCUCUAACUUCAGUGUCUCUUGGGAAUUCCGCUGAUCCAAGUCAGAAGGAUGGUUGGCGUUUCGAUGGAACCGAGGAAAAAAAAGAAUGGAGGAGGACUGCCACUGAGAAUGAAAGUAGCCGCCGUUGGCGUGAAGAGGAAAGGGAAACUGGCUUACUUGGUCCUCGAAGAGAUCGUAGGAAAACAGAUCGUCGUGCUGACAGUGUUUCUGUCAGAGAAACAAUGGAGAAUAGAGCCUUUCCAUCCCCUGAUAGGUGGCAUGAGGGUAGUAACCGUAACUCUGGGCAUGAAGCACGGCGAGAUAGCAAAUGGUCCUCUAGGUGGGGUCCCGAAGACAAGGAGAAGGAAUCACGAACUGAAAAGAGGACGGAUGUGGAUAAAGAGAAGGACGAUGCUCACUAUGACAAUCAAUCAUCUAUAGUUAGCAACCGUUCUGCUUCUGAGCGUGACUCAGAUUCUCGUGAUAAGUGGAGACCGCGGCAUAGAAUGGAGGUUCAUUCCACAGGUUCCACUUCCUACCGUGCUGCACCUGGAUUUGGACUUGAGAGAGGUCGGGGUGAAGGUUCAAAUUUGGGGUUUGCUCUUGGACGAGGAAGGUCAAAUGCCAUUGGUAGAUCUUCAUCUGCAGGCACUGCUACUGCUCCUCAUGCAUAUAAAAGUGGAAGUGUUAUUGGAAAGCCAAACCCCACAUUGGAGACAUUUUGUUAUCCAAGGGGUAAGCUCCUUGAUAUUUACCGUAGGCGGAAGCUUGAUUCAUCUUUUGCUGCAAUGCCUGAUGAAAUGGAGGAAUGUUUACCAAUAACUCAAUCUGACAUUAUUGAACCAUUGGCCUUUGUUUCUCCUGAUGCUGAAGAGGAGGUUACUCUUGCUGACAUAUGGAGGGGCAAGAUCACAAGUAGUGGGGUAGUAUAUAAUUCUUUUAGAAAAGGAUGGUCAACUGAAAAUGUUUCAGGUACUGGAGACUAUGAAUCCAAUGAGGGAAAACUGGGUAUCCUCCCCUCAGUUCCCUGUGAGGAGACUGCUGAUACAUUUCAAGACGCCGCAAACAAUGGUGCAUAUCAAACUGACGGUGAUCAUUCCUUUUGGAAUCAUGAUUCAUGUUUAGAUGUAUUAAAUGAAAAAGAGGUUGAUCAUGAAGGAAACAAGGUUACUGCUGAUGAAGUCACUGCCACAGUUUUGGAAUGUGAUGUUGCUGGGACUACAAAAGAGAUUGUCAAUUCUUCCCGUGUUGCUUCUCAGAUUGAUAUUUGUGAUAAUGGACAGAUAGUGAACUCUGCUUUGACUGCACAUUUUCAUUCUGACAGAGUUGACUCAACCUCUUCUUUUGAUGUUAAAUCUAAGCUUCCUGAUGAUUCAAACUCGCUAUUUGUUCUCCCCUCUCCCGAUCAAGACCAUAGUAGUGCUAUGUUGCACUUGGCUAGUAAAAGUGAGGCAAAAGAUCUGGAAAGGGGUGCACCACUUGAGGACCUUUACUUCGAUUACGUUGAUCCUCAUGGGAAUACUCAAGGACCAUUUCUUGGAGCUGACAUCAUCAUGUGGUUUGAAGAGGGCUAUUUUGGGACAGAUUUGCCAGUUCGCUUGGCAGAUGCUCCUGAAGGCACACCUUUCCAAAGUUUGGGAGAGGUGAUGCCACACCUAAAACUGAGAGGAGUGUAUCCCAGUUCUGAGCAGGAACAGUCUGGUGCUUUAGGAGGAAAGUUGAAGCCUAGUUUACCUCUUACUGCUCCAGAAAAUACCGAUGUAAUAAAUGAGCUGUGUCAGCCAUUGUCCGAUUUAACUAGCUUCUCAGCUCAGCAUGUUCAGUCAAGAAUGUCUGAGCCUGAAAAUCCACUUCAGUUGCCACAUUCUGAGGGCCAAAGCUUUCAUGACUUUAUUGCACAUGAUGAAGAAAUUGUUUUUCCAGGAAGACCUGGCAGUAGUGGCUAUCCUACUGUGCAAUCAUCGGGGAAUGUUUGUGAUCCUGUAGCAAAAUCUAAUGGUCAACCAUCUCUUCCAAAUGAAUUGACAAAACCUGGUUUACCAUAUCAGAGCGAUAAUAAGUUGCACCCUUUUGGCUUGUUCUGGUCUGAACUUGAAGGCUCUCAAACUAGACAAACUGAGUCAUCUGAUAUGCCUUCCAGUAUGGUAAGGCCUGCUCAACUUGGUGCUAUCACUGAUCCAGCUGCUAUUGCGGAGAAAUGGUCUGAUAUUUAUAGACAAGAUAUUCUUUCUGUCCCUAACUCAUUUCAAGAUGCCACUGCUGCUCGCCAUCUGUCACGUGUUGAACAAGAGCCUAAUCAUUUUGACCUAGCAGAGCAGCUUAUGUCACGACAAUUUCAGCAGCAACGGCAGCAACAAAUAUUAUCUCAUUCACACUUGAAUGAAUCACUCCAAGAAAAUAUGCCAGGGCAGAAUCUUAUUCAUCAUCAGCGGUUGAUCAACCAUCCUGUGCCAGAUCUGGAACAUCUUUUGGCACUGCAGCUACAGCAACAGCAACAGCAACAGCGGCAGCGGCAGCGGCAGCUUCAGCUCCAACAGCAACAGCAACAGCAACAGCAACAGCAGCAGUUUCAUCAACAGCAAAAGCUUUUGCAGGAACGACAACAAUCACAAGCUCGGCAGGUGCUUCUUGAACAGUUGCUGCAUGGUCAGAUGCCUGAUCCUGGCCUUGUACAAUCACGUGUUGAUCAUAUUAGAGCUAAUGAUGUUCUUGAUCAAGUUUUGUUGGAGCAGCAACUUCUACAUGAGCUGCAACAACGGUCUCAUCAUCAUCAAAGGCACUUUGUUCCAUCUGUAGAACAGCUUACUCAGCAAGAUCAACAGAGAGAUUUAUUUGAGCUAUUAUCUCGUGCACAGCAUGGGCAAAUGCAAUCUUUAGAGCAUCAAAUUAUUCAAGAACAGCUGCAGGCAAGACAAUUGCCUAUGGGAUUGAGACAGCAGAUGAAUAUGGAAGAAGAGAGGUAUAUUGAUUCUAUCUGGCCACAGGUUAAUGAAAAUGAUCAGUUCUUCAGCAGUCUCUCUGGUAAUCAGAGAUCACACUCUUCGGGAAUUAGCCCAUUAGAUUUUUAUCAGCGGCAGCAGAGGCCACCACAUGAGGACCAGUUGAGCCACCUUGAGCAAAAUCUUUCAUUUCAAGACCGACUGCGGCAAGGGCUUUAUGAAUCUGGCUCAAUGCCAUUUGAGAGGUCUCUGUCUUUCCCUGAUGGUACUUCAGGGAUGAAUAUGGAUGUAAAUGCAAUGGUUCAUGGUCAUGGUUUAAAUAUGCAGGAGUUGAAUACGCGAAUGCAAUCUGCUGGUCAAGUGGGAAUGUUGUCUUCUGGUGGCCACCUGCAUAAUCCUCAUCACCCUAUGGUUCCUAUUCCUAACCAAUUCCAUGUUUCACGUCUAGAUGCGAUUGAUGGCCGCUGGCCUGAAAGCAAUGGGCCACUAGCAAAUGACUGGAUGGAAUCCCGAAUUCAACAAUUGCACAUCAAUUCUGAGCAGCGGAAAAGGGAAUCUGACAUUAAAAUGACAGCUGAAGAUUCAAGUUUGUGGAUGACAGAUGAAUUGAAUGAUGACAAAUCAAGGCGAUUGUUAAUGGAAUUGCUCCGUCAGAAAUCAGGUCAUCAACCUUCUGAUUCACUUUUGAGUGAUGGAAUGUCUUUCGAGAAGAGGUCACCUUCAGGCAUUUACUCUGGAUCAAGCUCUUCAGAUCACCCUUUUGCUGUUGUUUCAGACCAAGAAGCCAGUCUAAACAACUCAUUUGCAAUAGGGUCUUAUGGUUCUAAUGCUGGUGAACCAGCAGAGGUUUCUUCAGCUGGUGAACAGGUCAGCAGUAUGGGAAGUACAGAAAAAUUACUGUUUAGAUCUGAAUCGGGAGCAACAUGUGAGGGACUUUUGUCAUUGUUAGGUGUUAGUGAGACUUCUCAGGCUGUUCUUGCGGAUUCUAACUUCAUUGAUAAGUCUUCUAUCAACAAAGAGUACCUAGAGGUGGAAGGGAGGAAGUAUGGGUCCAAAGCACUUGGUAUGGCAAAGAGUUCAGUUACUGAGAUUAACGAUGGCAUAGCUGAUCAAGCACGAUUGGUUACUAUGGAUCGUGGAGAGGUUCCUAUUAAUGCUCUCAGCAGGCAUUCUUCUCUUGUUGUUUCUGGAUUUUAUGAUGACAAGGUUGGGCAACAAAAUUCGUUUGCUGAAGAUAUUAACUUAAAUCGGGUGCCUGUACUGUCCAAAGGGCAAGAGAAUAUGUUGCUGAGACGACCACCUGUCUCUAUUGCUUCAUCAUCUCAAGAAGGGUUAUCUGAUCUUGUCUCUGAUACAGUUGUCAGGGGGAAAAGUUCAAGUGGUGUUGAGGGGGGAAAUCCAGUGGGCCAUGGUAUUGACAGCACGGCUUCCGGCAAGAAAGAUGUGCCUUUCCGAAGAACCUCAUCUUGUGGGGAUGCUGAUGUGUCAGAGCCAUCAUUUAUAGACAUGCUUAAAAGUAAUGCCAAGAAGACCACUGCUCCAGAGGUCCACAUGACAGGAGCGGGGUCCGAAUCAUCAGAUGGUACACAAGGGGGCCGAAGUGGCAAAAAGAAAGGUAAAAAAGGGAGGCAAAUUGAUCCUGCACUCCUUGGUUUUAAAGUAACAAGCAAUCGGAUCAUGAUGGGUGAAAUUCAAAGAAUCGAUGAUUAACCAGUCGAGUUCUGUAUUUUCUUUUGUAUAUUGCUCAUUUACAAGUUGUAUAGGCUCAAGGUACUCAAUGCCGAAGCAUUUAUGGAUUAUAAUUCUUUUUUCCCUC